AGCACGGGAAGCAAUCUGGGUCCUCUCCGAAAUUCCGCCGUUUCACUAGAAAAGGCAAAAUCGCGACGAUCGGCGGAGAGAGAGAGAGAGAAGGGCGCGAUCGAUCACUGGCCGGAGAGUUCGUGUUCGUGGUCUGGUUCUCCUGGUGUCCGCGUUGUACAUCCUGUUCGUUUCUUUCUCCUCUCUGUCCUCCUGUAAGAAAAUCUCCGCUCCUGUUCUUGUUUGUCUACCUGGACAGAUGUUCGCGUCGAGGAACCUGCUCAGGCGUUGCUCGAGAAGUCAUUUAUGGUCUUCAUCGUCCGUCCUCCAAUCUGAUUCCUUCAGGAAUCCGGUGCUGUUAAAGGAAGCCUCCACGAAUCUGAUUCCGAGGAAUGGAAUGCAGCCGAGCAGCUCUUGCGAAGGAAGUUCGAGUUCAUUUCCGUUUUUUGUGUAUCAUCCUUUCAGAGGAUGGGCUCGGGCUAUGUCGACAUCAAGGGGGCGGAGCAUGAGGAGCAAAGUGGAGAGCCGAAUGCGGAAAGAAUCUGGUAAAACCCUAAGAGAGAUAAGGAGAGCCAAGAAGUUGAAGAAGAAGCUCAUGACCGAUGAAGAAAGGCUCAUUUACAACAUCAAAAGGGCAAAGAAGAAAGUGGCGCUUCUACUGCAAAAGCUCAAGAAAUACGAGCUGCCAGAGCUGCCAUCUCCGGUGCAUGAUCCCGAGCUUUUCACAGCCGAGCAGCUUCAGGCUUACAAGAAAGUCGGUUUCAAGAAUAAGAACUAUGUCCCCGUGGGUGUUCGUGGAGUCUUUGGGGGAGUGGUUCAGAAUAUGCAUCUCCACUGGAAGUUUCAUGAGACUGUUCAAGUCUGUUGUGAUAACUUUCCUAAAGAAAAGAUAAAGGAAAUGGCUUCCAUGCUUGCGAGGCUGAGCGGUGGGAUAGUCAUAAACGUACAUAACGUUAAAACCAUCAUUAUGUUCCGUGGCAGAAACUACCGGCAGCCCAAAAACCUAAUCCCUGUUAACACUCUCACGAAAAGGAAGGCGUUGUUUAAAGCCAGAUUCGAACAAGCACUUGAAUCUCAGAAGCUGAACAUAAAGAAGAUAGAACAGCAGCUUCGGCGAAUGGGUGUUAACCCCGAAGAUCCAGUUGCCAUGGCUAGCAUCCAGAGGGUGGCCUCUACAUUUUUCAAUGCCAUAGACAGGAAGGAAGGAACCCCAUACAUCUUCCAUGGAGAUAAACAACCAGAACAAAGGCCUAGUGUCAGUAGAGAAGAAUCAGAACCGGGUGAUGAUAGUGACCAAGAGGAACUAGACAGAUUCAUAGCUGAAAUAGAAGAUGCAGCAGACAAGGAAUGGGCAGCUGAGGAAGCCGCGGAAAAAGAAGAAUAUGGUAGAAUAAGGUAUUGGAACCGAGAAGAGUUCAAUGGAAGAACAACAGGGUCUGAUAGGCACAGAUAUGGACCCGAUGAUCGUAGCAUUGGUGGAUCCAGGGGUAGGAACGAAAUGGAUGCACGUAUGAAGAGGACAUCUGAUGGUAGUGAUGAUGAUGAUGAUGAUGAUGAUGAUGAUGGUGGUGGUGGUGGUGGUGGUGGUGGUGGAUGGGAUUCUGAUGACGGUGAUGAAGACGGUGAACUUCCACAUAAGUUUGACAGAGCUAGAACGAAUAGGGGAAGGCAGAGGGAGGAAUUUAAGAGAAGAGGCAGUGAUCUUCGGGUGAGGCAGAAUGAGAAUGUGUCUGAAUCAGAAACUAUGUUUAGUGAUCUUGAUAACACAAUGUGGGAUUCAGAAGACGAAAAUGAUGAUAAACCCAAGCCCAGGUUCUCGAGAGAUGAUUACAAAUCAACCCGUGAUGAAGACGAAGAUGCUUAUUCAUAUGACGAGAGACACAGGAAAGAAUCAGAAUAUAAAAAACCCAGUUACAGAAACGGAGGUUCUGUAAAUCAUAAGAAUGACAGGAAGCCGAGGACGGGAAAACAGAGGGAUGAGGAUUGGGACAGUGAUUAGCUUUAGAGCAGCAGAAACAACAUUUCUCAAACUCUGUUCUGCAAGAAUGAAUCUGAAAACAUGAGAUUCGAGAGUUCCAGUCUUUGUAUAGUAACUCUUGGUUGGCUUCCGGUUAUUCCAUUAGAUUUGAAGAUGAUCUCUACCGAUUUGAGCAGAGCCUUCAGCUUUAGGGUCAGAUCCUGUUUGAUCUUUAGAUCAGAAAAAAGGAAAUGAAGAACAUGGACUGCAAAAAGCUGAGAACCUGGAUGUUGUUUUUUUAUCUGUCGUCGUUUCUCCAUGAGAAUUUUUUCUUACAUUUUUGCUGUCAUUGUCACCUGUUUUCUAUCAUAAUCGGACUAAUUUUCAAGUCAAACUUGUGA